UGCGCAAAACUAAGCAAAUGGAGUGGAACGGCAGUGACAGCGAAGACGACGAGCACGGGGAUGGCUCGCCAAAGUGGCCAUACGCGAACGCCUUGGCCAAGCUAACGUCCGAGGACGACUUUCUCUGCACGCCGAAUCUCCCGCGCCAAGUGAAGCCACCGCCGAUUAGCAUCGGCGAUACCACCUUUCGCUGGCCGCUGACGAAGCCGCAAGCGCAGCAGCUCGAGACGCUGCAUGGCACCAACGCGGUCAUUACCGCGCCAGAGCUCUGCAUCCCGGACUUCGACGCAUGGUGGGCGACCAUGAGUCCUAUGGUUCUUGCCCCCGCGCGCCAAGUGCUUGACAUCGACAAAACUGCGGCCGUUGGCGUAACGCUCUCGCACCUCGUGAUCGAUGUCAGUGGGUCUGGCGAUGUCCUCAAGGCGCAAGCUGCGACACCCAACACGUUUGGCUCGGUCAUAAUCAUUUUGCCCUCGGCGCGCAAGGGCGGCGCCAUCAAGUUCGCGCAUGGCGGGGCCGCCGAGCGGUUUGACGCGCCGCCGUCAGCAACGUUCAUGCGCGUCGCUGUGACGUAUCUCCAGACAACGAUCACGUCGGCACGCUUGUCGUCCGGCUGCCGCUACGCUCUGGUGCUGAACCUCGUGGCCCUCGACGGUCCGCGGUCGCCGAUGCCGCCGGCGAUGCUCCGGGCCAUCGACGCGUUCAAGGAGCUGGCGGCGCGGCCAAGUCACAAGCACCGGCGCAUCGCGUGUGAGCUCAAGCCCAUCAACCACAAGCUUUUGUGGGAGAAGCUCGGACCCACAGACAAGUACUUGGUCGACGUGCUCUUGGCAACCGGCGCCUACGACGUUGUCCUCGUCGGCUUCAAGAAAGAGCGCGACUACGACGCGGAGCCGCCUUACGACAGUGCCAACGAGGGCGACUGGGACUAUGACAAGCCUCAGUACAAGAUCAUCAACACGGUGGCGCGCUUCAAGGAGCAUCCUGCGUGUCCGAUCCCGGCUGCGAUGCACCUCAUGCUUGUGACUCGGGGUGCCCACGCCUUUCCCGAUAUGGAAGAUCGACUUGAGAACGUUGCGAUUCCAGCAACCAGCGUCUUGUUUUGGCCCAAGCAGUUUCGCGCGGAGAUCAUCGGUGUCCACCGCGCACUUCAGAUGCUGCAAAAUGCGAUCAACGACCCAGCGGCGGACCUGCUCGGGUACGCUUCCGUGCACGACUUGGCCCAAAGCACCAGCGCAAUCUUUGGUUGCGGCAGUCUCAAGGAUCCCAUCCCAGCGGUCGAUCCGAUCCUACUGUACGACCCGAGACCGGCCACCACCACGUUUGUCACGACGAUGGGCUCUCUGCUGCGCCAGCUCAAUGACGUCGACGUCGUCAUCAGCUUUUUACGGGACGCUGUCACCAUCAGGCCCAACACGCCGCUCGACGUCGUCGCUCCCGUCGUGCACACGCUCUUGAGCACGUUUGGCUGGAUGCGGCUCGCCGACGCCAUGCUCGGUCUCGUCCAGCGCUGGCUCUGCUCGACAAGUAGGUCGCUGCUCCAGCUGCUUUCGAGCUUGGAGGGCGUCAGUGCGCAGCCCGUGUGCGCUGCGCUGCGACAGCCUUGCUUUGGCGAGUUUCUCAAAGCUGCGUGGUCGACUCUGGUCCACCACGAUCCACUGCAGUUUGACUACACCGGCUCGAAUUGGCGCACGGCAUUCUUGUGCGACCUUUUGCUUCUCGGCGCGCACGUCGAGCGAUCGAUUCCGGAAGACACGAGAGAGAACUGGCUCGGCGCGUACUUGCCACCGACGCUCAUCUCGGUCGUGGACGACUACAUUCAUCCGCGGAGGUCGGCCCUCGCCGCUCUCCAAGACAACAUGUAUAAGCGCAACGCCGCGGCACUACUGGCGCAUCUUCCCCAGGCGCUGCUUGACGCCGUGACCAAGCGCCCGGAGAUGCAGCUGGCGCCGUUCGCGGACGCGCUCCUCGCCGCCUUUGAUGCGAUGCGGUCGACGACACAGCCAAGGACGCUCGACGUGGGCUUUGGUUUCGCCAACUCGGAUAGGCUGCGGGACCUCAUGGGCCCCGGUCCUUCGCGAGCUUACUAG